AUGUUCGGCGAUUGCGGUGUUUGUGGCGAUAAAGCAAUUGGCCGUAAUUUUGGUGCCAUUUCUUGCGAUUCUUGUAAAGCCUUUUUUAGAAGAAAUGUUCUGCAAAACGAUAUACCUGUGUGUCGUUUUGAUGGCAAUUGUAUUAUUAAUAUGAAAACACGGAAACGCUGUACGAGUUGUCGGAUGAAAAAGUGUAUUCAAAUGGGAAUGAAAUCAUCAGUCUAUAAUCCAACAAAUGUUUAUGAAAUGAAGGAUUUGUGUGAAAUUAACUACUCGUGCAAUAAGAUGAUGGACAGGGAUGUCGAGGAUCUGAUCUCUUUGACAAAGAACUUAAUGUCAUUCAAUAGCCUGUGUUUUAACGAUCAGUUGGCGCUCAUUAAGUACUCGUCGUUUGAGAUAAUAAUUCUCAGACAUUCAAUACAUUAUGAAAUUAAUACCGAUUACUGGACGUGGGUUUGGAAAUCUGACAAUUCAAGUAUCGGUGGCUUUAAAUUAAGUGCUUUUAAAUACGAGAAACGUGGUUUGACAGCAAUACUACUGUUUAACCCUAACCGACCAAAUCUAACGCACAGGGAUGUUGUCAAGUAA